AUGGCGCGGAGUGAUGAAAAGUCCCAACACGGCAAAAAGCGCCCCGCGGAAGGUGACCCGGAUGGUGCUCAACCACUGACCAAGAGACUUGGCCGUCUCCAACUAGACAGUCAUAAUGAUGGGUCAGGCCCAGGUGCUCGGGCCAGAUGCGGCGAGAAUCCCUUCCCGGACUACUCAUCUUCAACUCUGGGCGACUCCAUGCUUCUCGAUGACACAAAACAUACCACCUACAUUCAUGAUCUCGACCGGGAAUUGGCCGACUCAGAUGUUGCUCCAGGUUCUCUCGUGCUCUCUCCCCUUGCUGCACGUAUGCUCUCAGUGCCCGACUCGGUAUUGGCAAAUGAUUCGUCACAAGGAAAGGAGCUGGUUUUGUACACCGAACCAUCCUCGUUGUCAGUUCCAAGGGAGCAGGAUAGUGUACGGAGAGCAAUUAUUGAAUCAAGGGCACGCUCCCGGGCGAGCAAGAGCCAAAAAUUAGACCUUUCCUCAGGCAAUGACACCUCGCGGCCACCAUCAAACAACACUUCGAGUUUUGGGUACAUUUCUAAUAUUUCUACUAACGCCUGUGGUGACGAUCCGAUGGACAUUGAUGGGGAUUCAUGA